CGAAGCAUUCAGACGUCUGCCUAUCUUUCGAAGCAGUUCGGGUGCGCCUCCGAGUACUAAUCAAAAUAGUAGCGCUCUACCCAUAAGUGGCGGCAUGUGUUUACUUAUUUUGGAGCGCGUUUUCCCACACGUUAUAUAAACGAGCUGGAACGCUUUUAGAGCAGUCAGUUUUUAAGCAAGGCUUGUGCUGUUUAGAUCUAAUUAUAGUUGCAAAUUUACUUGAAAGAAAAAGAAUAAAAAAAUAAAAUCAAGAAAUCGCGGACACAUUGAUUGUAUUGAAUUUCACAAUGUCUUUGACACUUCUACACGUACUAAUUACUUGCAUUGUUGUUUUAUUGACGGCUGUCGCAUAUUUGUUUUGGCGUCGCAUGAACUACUGGCGAGAACGUGGCAUACCACACGACAAGCCCAGCUAUUUGUAUGGCAGUUUUCGUGGUUUAUCUAAAUCAUACGGCUUCUCCGAGAUUCUGCGCUCUAUGUAUCAGCGCUACAAGGGCACCGGCCCCUUCUGUGGCUACUAUUUCUUUCAACGCCCCGCUGCCAUGAUUUUGGAUAUGGGACUUGUGAAGAAUAUAUUAAUGAAAGAUUUUUCGAACUUCAGCGAUCGAGGUCUAUUCUAUAAUGAGCAGGAUGACCCGCUCACUGGUCAUUUGUUCUUCGUUGAUAGUUCGAAGUGGCAUGUUUUGCAUGGCAAACUCUCGCCGACUUUCUCCGAAUAUAAAGUGCGUGGUAUGUUUCCGUUGAUGUGCAACGGGGCACAGCAAUUGGUUCAAACACUUGAUGCGUUGGUGCAGCGCAACGUUAAUGUGGAAGUGAAAGAGUUGAUGGGUCGCUACGCCACCGAUGUGAUUGGCAAGUGCGCUUUGGGUAUUGAAUGCAACAGCCUUAAAAAUCCGAAUGCUGAGUGUCGCGCUAUUGGACGUCGCAUCUUCACCGAUCGCCGUCAUAGUCCGUUAGUGUCUGGCCUUAUAGAGGGUUUUCCCAAAUUGGCGCGCAAGCUGCGCAUGGCUGUAAUUCAUGAGGAUAUAGCAAAUUUCUUUGUGCGACUGGUGCGGGAGAAUAUGGAAUAUCGAGAGAAGCAUAAUGUACGUGGCAACGACUUGAUGAAUCUGAUGAUGGAGUUGAAUAAGAGUAAGAAAUUAAGGUAUGAUGAAAAUGAUGAAUUUAAGGGUCUGACUGUAGAGGAGAUGACAGCGCAAGCGUUUUUCUUCUUUGCUGCAGGUUCCGAGAAGUCAUCAUCGACGCUCUCUGGUGCAUUGUACGAGCUGGCUAGGCAAUCGGAGAUUCAGGAACGUCUACGCAGUGAGAUUAUUGAGACAUUGUGUCAACACGACAACGAACUCACCUAUGAGUGUCUGCAUGAGAUGAAAUACAUGAAGCAGGUGUUAUCAGAAACCUUGCGUAAGUAUCCAGUAUUGCCUCAUCUGGUGCGCCAAGCGUUGCUCGACUACCCCGUGCCGGAUCAUCCCGAGUAUGUCAUACCAGCAGGCGUUUUGGUUACAAUACCCGUUAUUGGCAUACAUUAUGAUCCUGAAAUUUAUCCCGAUCCCGAGAAAUUCGAUCCAGAACGCUUCACGCCGGAAAACGUAAAGAUGCGUGAGCGGAUUGGGUGGCUACCAUUUGGCGAUGGGCCGCGCAAGUGCAUCGGCUUUCGAUUUGCGGAGAUGGAGAUGCGGACUGCAUUAGUGUAUCUGUUGAAGAAUUUUAAAUUUUCUGUCAGUGAACUGACGAAGAGUACUUCAAUCAAUUUGAGAGGAGAUACGUUCUUAAAGGUGGAGCGUAUUUAGUGUGCGAGUAUAAAAUUAGUGUAAUUUUAGUGUAGUUUAUAGUCUGUAAGUCAAGAUACUUAAUAACGUCUUUGGAAAAGUAGUUUUAUAUUUUUCUUAAAAUAGGUUUUUUGACCAAAAUGAGCUUAUUUAUCAUAGACUGAAUGUGACUUCCUUAUGCCUGUACGUUGGUGUAAAUGUAUAUAUAGAGUCCACGUGAAAUUGCGAGUACAAAGUUUUAAUUGCGAAUGUGAGUUAGGUGUAGAUUGUUAAGAUAUUUAUUGCUUUUUGAAAUCUCCGAUUCCCAGUAGAUUUGCGAAAUCUAAGACUUUGUUUGAGCUUGUUUAUUUUCGUCCAUUAGAUGGGACAGUUUUCGUACCUUCAAUUUCUUAGACGCGAAUCCGUAUAUGGGAUAUGGAUUUUUAAAAGUUUUUUGUUAAAUAUAAGCUUUUUGGUUGAUGAACAAAACCAUUUUUAAAGAAUUUUGUAAGCUUUACUUUUGUAUUUUAAAAGUAAUAUUUGUGAAUCAAUAUGAAUUUAAAAGUUAUCAAAAUGUA